UGAAGAGUGAGAGACCAGGGACUGGCCGGAGUCGCAGUAUGAACAGCAGCCAGGCUAAGGAUUACCUGACGGACAGGCACAUCCCCAGGCUUUUUGAGAGUCUGUUGACCGGACUCAUGUAUUACAGGCCAGAAGACCCCAUCAGCUAUAUGGAACUGUGUCUGCAGAGGGUCCGGGAUAUGGGAGGGCCAGAAAAGGUUCAGUGGGACACUUUCCUAAGCCGCAAUUUACCUCCCAUCAAUGGAGGGCAGGGAAAGAAGACACCACACAGGACAGAAGGCCUCCCUGCUCCACAGAUGCGACGCUAUGAACGUCUGCCCCCCAUCCAGUCACAGUUUUCAAUUGAUAGUGAUUCAGACAUGACAGAAUCUUCUGGUCUCAUCCAAGAAUAUGAUGUAUUUGACCCAAACAGGGAGAGACCCAAAAUCAUCUUUGUUAUAGGUGGUCCUGGCAGUGGCAAGGGAACACAGAGUACAAAGAUGGCUUCCCACUUUGGCUUCAUCUGUGUUUCUGUUGGCGAGAUCCUGCGCAAACAACUGAUACAUCAUGCCAGUAGCGACCGCAAAUGGGAGUUAAUAGCACAGAUCAUCUCCAAGGGAGAUCUUGCUCCUCCGGAGACAACAAUUGAAGAGUUGAAACAACAGUUCAUCAAUCAUCAGGAUGCAGCUGGUUUCAUAGUUGACGGCUUCCCAAGGGAUAUUGGACAAGCCUUUACUUUUGAGGAGCAGAUUGGAUCACCAGACCUGGUCAUUUUCCUGGCUUGCUCUAGUCAACGGCUGCGACAGCGUUUGGAGAGGCGAGCAGCUCAACAUGGCCGGCCAGAUGACAAUGCUCAUGCCAUCGACAGGAGACUUGAUACCUUUAAACAGAACCUUCCCUUGAUUGUCAAGUAUUAUCAGGAUAAAGGACGUAUUGCUAGGUUUGAUGCAGACAGAGAAGAGGAUUCCAUAUUUGAGGACAUUUGCUGUGCUGUGCAAGGGCUUCUCUUCCCAAAUGGCCUGGGGAUGCAAGAGUUCUUCCAGCAGAGUUAUCGUGCCUCUUGUUCUGAGGACUCCAAAGGACAGCAAAGAGAGGUGGAAUUACCACAACAGGAGAUAGAAGUUGUCUUUUCCCCAGAACACACCGAAAUGGCAGAUAAACUUAAAAACAGCAAAAUCAUCUUUGUCGUGGGUGGUCCAGGCUCUGGCAAAGGGACACAAUGUGAGAAAAUUGUGCACCAAUAUGGCUACACUCACCUGUCUACUGGCGACCUGCUGCGAGCAGAGGUGUCCUCUGGAUCAGAACGAGGGAAGCAUCUGUCUGCCAUCAUGGAGAAAGGAGAGCUGGUACCAUUGGACACAGUUCUGGACAUGCUAAAAGAAGCCAUGAUUGCUAAAGCAGACACCUCCAAGGGAUACCUCAUAGACGGUUACCCUCGGGAGGUCAAGCAAGGAGAAGAAUUUGAAAAGAAGAUUGGGCCUCCCUCAUUGCUCCUCUACAUUGACGCCGGUUCAGACACUAUGGUCAAGAGGCUACUGAAGCGUGGGGAGACCAGUGGCCGAGCAGAUGACAACGAAGCUACAAUCAAGAAGCGUCUGGAGACCUACUAUAAAGCUACUGAGCCAGUCAUUGCCAUGUAUGAGGGAAGAGGCAUUGUCAGAAAGAUCAACGCAGAAGGAAGCGUAGAUGAUGUCUUCAAACAAGUCAGCACUGCACUAGAUGCUCUGAAAUAAGCGGUUAUUGAAGGAAAUAUGCUUCAUAUCUGUGUCUUAAAGCUUCUGGUUUUUGAAUCCUUAAUUCUGGCACAUUUCAUGCAUUCGUGUCAUAGGUUUUACCAACAUUUGGGAAGACUUAACAGGGGUUUUGUGCCUGGGGGCUGGUAUCGUCGGUACAUAAUGAUAAAUGCCUGCUGAGGGCUGAAACUGUCAAUAAACAUUCAGUUUUGCA